CUUUCUUUUUAUUUGUCUCACUUUUCGGCAAUGUCCUUGUAAAAGACUUGGAAAAGUAUAUCAUGUAAUAUACAUAUAUAUAUAUUAUAUAUAUAUAUUUAACAUUUUAUUUACCAUACCGGUGGGAUACGGUUUCCUUUCGUUUCAUUCAAACCAUUUAUUCGUUCGAUCAUUGGGCUUCGAAUAGUCUUUAUUUCAUUAUUAUUACUAUUAUUGUUAUUAUUUUGCUUACAUUUUUACUGAUUAUAAACUUUUGGCUUUGGCUUCAGGCCAAAGCCGACCAGCAAAAAAGUAUAGGAACCUAAACGACAACACCAACACCACGUUAAGCUUUUUUAUUUUUAUUUUAUAUAGUUUUUUUAGUUAGAAGAAGAAAAAAAAACUGAAGGAAAGAAAAAGAAAAAAAACAACAACAGACCGAUUCUUCCACCCAUCCUGUCUUUUCUCGUCCCACGACGAGUCAUUAGGACUUUUUGGAAGUACAAAACAAAACGAAACAAACAAACAAAAAGAAAAAAAGCCUAACUAAACUCCUUGUAAUCAUUUUAGAAUUUAGAGGACCGUUUCUGGAGGAGCAACAACACCAUUUCCAACAAUUGGUUACUUGUCUACGUUCGCACACUGAUAUGUGGGUGUUUGGAUACGGUUCCUUGAUCUGGAAAGUUGAUUUCCCUUACAAGAGCAAGCUGGUUGGCUACAUCAAAGGAUAUGUCCGCAGAUUUUGGCAAGGCAGUGAAGAUCACCGCGGGGUUCCCGAAAAACCAGGCAGAGUGGUUACAUUGGUACAAAGUGAUAAUCCUGAGGCUAUCGUGUGGGGAGUUGCCUAUGAGAUUGCUUCAGAAGAUGCAGAGAGUGUACGCAACCAUUUGGACUACAGGGAGAAAGGCGGAUACAAAUCAGUCACUGUGCAAUUCCAUCCUAUCAGUACUGAAAACAAGAGCCCUUUUGAGCUGACCUUAUACAUUGGGACCGAAGACAACCCAUUCUUCCUCGGCCCAGCAUCAAUGGACGAAAUGGCCAAACAGAUAGCUGAGGCUGAAGGACGCAGCGGCCGCAAUCGUGACUACCUUUUCAACUUGGCCGACGCUAUGCGAACACUUGUGCCCGGAGCAGAUGAUGUUCACCUCUUCCAAUUGGAAGCUAAAGUUCGGCAUUUAUCUACACAUAUCUGAUGAUAAUAAUAACAACAAUAAUAAUAACACUAACAAUAAUAAUAAUAAUAAUCUACCUCGAGAUAUCAUUAUUUUCUUCUAAUGUACAAUAAAAAGCAAAUUAUGAAUGAC